AUAGUCCACAGAUUCCUUUCAGUCUUGGUGUACUGGAUCUGCUAUUGCUAUCUGCUGUUGCUGCUGAGCGUGUAUAAAGACACCUUUUUAAUAAACAUGCUCAAACAUAGAGAUGCCAAGAACCACUCCUACAUAGUAGAUCUGCUGUAUACUGAAUAAAGGUGGUGCUGGGGAGGUUGAGGGUGGAGAGAAAAUACGUUAAGUAUACGUUUGAGAUAAUGCCCAGCUAGUUUAGUUGAACAGGCUGUGGAUUUGGGGUCCAGAGAACCAAUCAGCAAAAAGAGAGUGUUUAAUGGCUGAACCAGACAUGUGUAUGAAUUCUCAGAAUGAGUUAAAGGAGGAGCAGAUCAAAUUUCAGCAGAGGAUCCUGGAGAAGCAGAAGAAUGUACAGAAGCUGAAACAGACUAUGGACAAUAUUACGAGGCAUUUCCAGGCAGCAGUAGAUGACAGUGAGAUGAUAUUUGAUGAGCUGAUCAGCUCCAUAAUGAAAAAGCGCUCAGAAAUGACAGAGGUGAUCAAAGCUCAGGAGAAAGCAGAAAUGAGUCGAGCUGAACAACUCCUCAAACAACUGGAGCAGGAACUUGCUGAUCUCAAUAGGAAAAAAGCUGAGUUGGAGCAGCUUUCACAGAAAAACGUUCACAUCCACUUCCUCCAGGGUGUUUCUCCUGAAUCUGACGACUCGACCAACAUCGCUGCCCAGCUCUCAUUUGACGUAGUGAGGAAACCUCUUUUGGAUCUGAAAAAGCAAGCAGAUCAAAUCUCUGCAGCAGUUUCAAUGAUUUUACCUUUGGAACUGCAGAGCAGAGAGGAAUUCAUGCAGUAUUUUGGUUAUUUGACUCCUGAUCCCAACACAGCACACUGCCAACUCCUUCUGUCUGAGAAGAACCGAGCGGUGACUUGCAGUGAGACCAAACAGCAAUAUUCUGAUCAUCCAGAGAGAUUUAAGUUCUGGGAGCAGGUGUUGUGCAAAGAGAGUGUGUGUGGACGGUGUUACUGGGAGGUGGAGUGGAGCAGUAAGGACUCUGUGUGCAUAUCAGUCUCGUAUAAAGAGAUCAGCAGAAAAGGACAGGGUUAUGAGUGCGGGUUUGGACGUAACAAUCAGUCCUGGAGUCUGCAAUGUUCUCCUUCCUCUCUUUCUUUCUGGCACAAUGAUUUAAAGACUGUAAUCCAGGGUCCGAUCUCCUCCAGAAUAGGAGUGUAUGUGGAUCACAGGGCAGGAACUCUGUGCUUCUACAGCGUCUCUGACACGAUGACGCUCCUCCACCGAGUCCACACUACAUUCACUCAGCCUCUAUAUGCUGGGUUUUACAUAUGGAGGUUUGACUCGACUGUCAGGAUAUGUCACCGGGAAUGAAAUUUUAUUGAAAGUUUCAAGUUGAAUUAUAACCGAGGUGUCAGAUUUAUUUCUGAAAUAGAAAGGCAUGGAAUUUUGUGUGCACAAACUGUAAAUAAUAUUAUUUUUCAAAUGAAUUUAUUCUAUGUUCUAUGUAAAUUCUAUAUUUUCAAAACGACUUGUUCAACCUCUACAUCAUAUAGUCACUUGUGCACAUCAUAAAAUGCUUUUCGAAUGCUUUCCUACAUAAAUUUCAUUGUUUACAAUUUUCUGCUGUUUCCUACUGUCGUGGAAAUUUAAGUCUCUACUUCUAAAAUUAUUUAAACAGUUACACACACACACACACACACACACACACACACACACACACACACACACACACACAGACACGAAGCGUCUGUUCGUCUGAAAAUGUACAUAGCUUGUCUCUCUCUCACACGCACAGACACGCUUCCACUCGCAUCACACCCUGCACCUGGACCAAGUUUAUGAACCUCUUAUCACGCUUACAACUGUAGAUCUUUGUUCUGCGUUCUCAGUGAAAACGUUGUCUUCAGUCGUUCUGCACGUUCGCAUUUACAAGAAAAGAAACCGUUCUCAUUUCGCUAUAAACAGAAACUCAACUCAUAGGUACAAAGACACAAUCCUCUAACAAGGCUGUUAUAAAUGAUGCACACCGAUGAAUAAAUAUUUUUAUCACACUACAUAAUUAAUUGUUUGUCAUGUUGAUCA